GCUUUCCCCGGUUUUUUUUCCUGGUGAGCUCCGCCAGGGUGGGCAGACUGCCACUCCUGCCCCAACCCCGGCUGUUGCACCGCUAAGCUCCCCUAAAACUUUUGGUCUCGAACCUUGCCUGUGGCCGUACUCAGCUUGGCCGAAAUGUCGCGGUGCAUGCAUAUACCAUAGAGAUGUAUUCUAUGGCAUAUACUCACAUACUAAUAUAAUGGGUUCCCAUAUAUAUAAUGCACGUGAUGUACGUACGUGAUGUAUACCGGUACGUGUACCAAAGGCAAAGAUGCUCUCCGAGCGGCCGGCCGACGUCCGACCUGGGUAAGUGAUAAAAGAACAUUCUCCUGACAUACAGGACAAACAGAUACAGGAGAUCAGCUGAUUCUGGAAGAUAAAUGCAGUGAUGAUGUGAUAUUAGUGCAAUCUUAAUGUAGAAAGUUGUGACUAAGUGACUAUGGCAAUGAUUCCAAAGCAUCUUGUUUGUCGUUUGAGGGAGAACACGUGGAGGACACUUUGGCAGUUCAAGCAAAGCUCAUAUCUUCAGAGACAAUCGAUAGCUAUUCCUUUCCUUUCAAAUAGUAGACUGAGUAGCUCAGAUCAAAGAAGCAAGAGCAGAGAAGGUUAUUUCUCCUUCUUAAAUAGGAAUGUGAAACUCUUAGGUGAGGAAAUGUGGACUAAGAUUAGAAGUCCAAACCUUGACACUAUGUUUGACCAGAACCGAGUGUUGUGGCAUUUUAAUGGACCUGAGAGUAUUGAAGACUUUAUUGUCCAUACUGAUGCUGAGAUUGGAGGGAGAAGUACUGCAGGAUUGACUGUCAGUCGCAACAAUAAGCUGCUGUUUCAUGGUAACCUCUGCACUGAGGUUCCAAGGGAUAGAGAAACUAAAAGAAGUGGAUACUGUGCUUUGAGAUCUAAACAAGCUUAUAAAUCCUUCAAUAGGAAACAAGCAAUGGACCUAACACCAUUCAAUGUCUUGAAGAUGAGGGUACGAGGAGAUGGUCGUGCUUACAUGGUAAACCUGAUGAUCAAGGGCUUCUUUACAGAGUCUCAUGAUGAUGUUUGGAGUUACUUCAUAUUCACACGAGGUGGACCAUAUUGGCAAGAUAUUACGAUCCCUUUCACCAAGUUCUUCAUGUCAAGCAAAGGUAGAGUCCAGGACAAGCAGACUCCACCGGACUUGGAAUCCGUCAAUGCUAUUGGUCUGACUAUGGGAGAUGCCGUGGAUGGAGAGUUUACGCUUGAAAUAGACUCCAUAUCCGUCUCAUAUGACGCAACUUACACGGAGGAAUAUACGUAUGAAAUGUACAAAUCACACUGAGGAUGGAGUGAUGAAUUGAACUAGUGCAUUUAAGAACGCACUACCGGAGCUUGUGAUUGCACUUUUCACAGUAUAGGCUUUUGAUUCAAUUUUGUAUUGGAGAAAAGCUUUUGUGUGCAUUAUUUUUUUAUCAAUGCAAAAGGGCACAAGAAAUCAAGGCCUGUGAGAGGGGUAUUAAGACUAGUCACAGCCAUGACCUUUGAUGACCUUGAUUAAUUUAAGCCCUGGUACGUGCAUACUAGCGUGCAAACUCAAUGUUCUUAUUCUUAUUCAAAGGUCAUUAACUUACCAAUGCCACAUUGGUUAGGUGGCUUCAUUUCAUAUCAUGACGUAUUUUUAUUAAUUCAAACACUGUCCAAUCUGUACACACAUUGGUGCCAAUGAUUUCUUGGUCACUUCAUAGAACAGUUCGGAACAGUAAUCAUAAAGUUAAAAUUCUCAAAUUGUGAAAUUUUGUUGGUUUUAAAAUUAACAUUCACCCUGAAUGUGUGUUAUGUAUCUGAUUUGGUGGAGGCAUUAAUGUGCGCUGUGCAGUCAGAUAUCUCCAUUUUAAACAAGUGAUGCAAUUAUCUCCUUCCCCUUCUCUACACCAGGUAAGCUGUCAGUGAAGUGAUUUGGGAAGGUAUUUUUGUCAUUAUUUAUUCUAAGCUUGUGCAGUCGUGGAUCUAGCUGGAUUAGACACAAAACCAUACCAAAUUGUCUUUGCACAAUAUUCGGCAUCUCAAAACUAUUGUUUCUAAUCCAGCUGGAUCCGCGGCUGAGCUUGUGUAAUACUAUACUGCCCGAUAAAGUAGCAAAAAACAGCUGUGCCACUUGUAAACCAAACAUUAUUGCAUAUUAAACUAAGGCAUUAAAUUGAAUAUUUUUUCAAAAUGAAA